AAUGUACCUAAAACUAUAUAGUUUAUGCUGAAGGUUAUUGCUGUCAAAAUAGUGAUUGCAAAAUAAACUACUUAUUUUUUUCAUGCAAUUCGGGAAUGCCUUAUCAACAAAUGGAUGAUAAGAGCGACGUCGAUAGUCAGAAACCAGAAAAGAUGUUCACGCUGAAGAAGUGGAAUGCCGUUGCAAUGUGGAGCUGGGACGUGGAGUGCGACACCUGUGCUAUCUGCAGAGUGCAGGUGAUGGACGCCUGUUUGAGGUGUCAGGCAGAGAGCAAGACUGAUAAUUAUGGGAAGCAAGAGUGUGUUGUUGUCUGGGGGGAAUGCAAUCACUCGUUCCAUUAUUGCUGCAUGUCUUUGUGGGUGAAGCAGAACAACAGGUGUCCGCUGUGCCAGCAGGAGUGGUCCAUCCAGAGGAUGGGCAAAUAAAUAAUUGUAGCCUAAUUAAAAUUAUGAAACAUUUUAAUUUAUAUUUAUAUUAAAUAUUGUC